AGUAGGGAUGCCGAGUCCUUUAAAUGUACGUGCAAAGAUGGCAGCUCAUGUCGAACUGCUCUGUGCAAAAGUGGAAGAAGAAAAGAUGAGGGACAAUCUUCAAAGAUUCUUCAAAGAGAAGAAAAAGAAGAAGAAAAGGGACCUGUCGCCGUCAGCUGUCAAGCGGGAGAGGUCGGAGAAAGAGGCGAAGAAAGUGAAGCUCCAUCAUCACCAUCACCAACACCACCAACAUGCUGAGCACCGGACCCAGCAGCCGCAUCAGCUGCAGCAAAAUCCUCAACAGCGCAACUUCAACGGGGAUAAGCAUGUCCUGCACAGCCGCCACCACCACCACCAUAACCACAGUCUCUCCAACGGCACGAAGAAAAGCCUUCAGCCGACUGUGCCUCCCUCUGCUCCGCCACAGCAGCAGAGGAAGGCACCUGAGGAGCAGCUGCGGAAGAAACGACCGGUGCCUCCUGAACCACCGGCUGCACUCUUCACUUUCACGCCUCUCAAAGUGGCCCAGGCCAAACCCCAGGAUUACAAAGAAAAGCACAGAGAUAAAGACCUGAAUGUGAAGCUCAAAAAGGAAAACGCCGAAGCAAAUGUGAAGCAUGCAGAACUGAAGAAAAAUAAGGAGCCAAGGCCCCACAAUGAGAAUGUCAAGUCUCUAACACUGGAGGAAUACAUCCUGAAGAAGAAAAAGAAGAAGAAGAAGCAACACCGUGAGGAUGAGCACAGUGUCAAGAAGGUUCGUUACAUGCACAAUAAGGCCGUUCAGACUGUAUGUGCAGGGCUUGAGGCGGAUCUCAUUCUGCCCGUUCACCCUGAUUCCUCUCCGUCUGCCAGCGUGAAGCACGAAAGCAAUCGUCAGCCUGCCAGAGACAACCACCAACCCUACCUCCAUCAUCUCAAACUGGGACACGUUUCCUUCCUCUCCCACCAAGACCACUACAUCCGCAGCUCCUGCCUCCAGACAGGCACCAGGUAUGGACGCUACAUGCAUGAGGAAAAGCAAGCCAAUGGCGGGGCGUCAGUCCUGCAUGCCUACGCCGAUGAGUUAGCAUGUCUCAGUCCGGCUGAGAUGGAGGGCUUUGCCCAGGAGUUCCUAGAGUUGGCCUUUGCUGAGGAGCCUAAAGGUGCAGCCUCGUAUGCUUUGACAGUGGUGCACAGUGCGGCCUCCUACAUACCUGACUUCCUGGAUUACUUUGCCUUCAACUUCCCCAACACACCAGUCAAAAUGGAAAUACUGGGCAAGAAAGACAUUGAGACCACCACUAUUGCCAACUUUCACUCUCAGGUGAACCGGACUUACUGUUCAGGAACGUACCGGGCCGGACCCAUGAGGCAGAUCAGUUUGGUGGGAGCUGUGGAUGAGGAAGUUGGAGACUAUUUCCCGGAGUUCCUUGACAUGCUGGAGGAGUCACCCUUUCUCAAGAUGACCCUACCAUGGGGAAGCCUUUCGAGUCUGAAGCUGGACUGUCGCUCUCAGAGUGAUGAUGGGCCCAUCAUGUGGGUGCGACCAGGAGAACAAAUGGUUCCCACCGCUGACAUGCCCAAGUCUCCUUUCAAGCGGCGCAGGUCCAUGAAUGAGAUAAAAAAUCUGCACUAUCUGCCAAGGACCAGUGAACCCAGAGAGGUUCUGUUUGAGGACCGCACUAGGGCCCAUGCCGACCAUGUGGGCCAGAGUUUUGACUGGCAGAGCACUGCCGCUGUGGGAGUACUGAAGGCUGUGCACUUUGGAGAGUGGAAUAAUCGACCUCGGAUAACCAAAGAUGUGGUGUGUUUCCAUGCUGGGGACUUCAAUAAAGUAGUGCAAAUGCUGCAGCUGGAUCUCUAUGAGCCCCCAGUAUCUCAGUGCGUCCAGUGGGUGGAUGAUGCUAAACUCAACCAGCUGAGGAGAGAAGGCAUCCGCUAUGUUCGUGUCCAGCUCUGUGACGACGACAUUUAUUUCAUCCCGAGGAACGUCAUCCACCAGUUCAAGACGGUAUCUGCAGUCUGCAGCCUGGCGUGGCACAUCCGCCUCAAACAGUAUCAUCUGGAGGAGAGGGACAAGGCGGAAGAGCACCAGCCCAGUGAUCUCAGCCCCUCUUCAGGCCGAGUCUCUUUCUUCUCUCCUGCCAGGCCUGACGCCACAGCAACCCCCUGUGUGCAACCACAAGGAGAUAUCAUAGGUGGGGUGGCCAAGACUGAAGAACUAGAGUUCCAGAGGCCAGCAACACCUCCCCAGGAGCCUCAGCCGGCACCUCCACAGCCCACAAAAUCUGCUCAUUUGCCCUCAACAUACCAGGAUCCCCACCUUUCCUUGGCACCAGUCCACUCUGGCUGUACAUUUUCAAGUGAGCCGGCCCUUCCAAAAACUCACAGCCACACUGUAAGAUUCUCUAAAUGACUUCUGUUCACCCCCCGGAACUUCUCUUUUUAUCGUCUGCGGGAGGAGUGUAUCCGAAGGAAUUUGAGACAAAAACUGACAUCUGUGUCAAUCAGGAAGCCUUUUAAUUUAAAUUAUUCUUAACACUUUUUAAGAUUUUAAUGUAAGUUAAAAAAAAAAAAAAAGUCUCCAGAUGUUGUUUUUUCAGCCAAAGCAUAGUGUUAAAUGGGAGUAUGUAAUACUGCACAUUUACUUAUUUUGUAUUUGAUAGUCUCAUUCAAGAGGUGUGUAUGAUAAAGCUUUAUUAUUUUUAGACAAAAAAUAUGAGUUGCCAUGCUUAAAAUUAUUUAAUAGGAGAUGGAAGCCAAAUGUGUGGCAGUUUCACAAAUGCAGAAUCACUGAUUUGUUUACAUACUUAAUAUAUGAUUACUAUGGAAGCAUGAUACUGUUUUAUUUGUUUAAGUCACAGAGGCAUGUAGACUAAUGAUACUGUGGGCUCAGUUUUAUAGAUUGAGGACAUUGUUAGUUGUCUGCAAAGCCAGCACUUUGCUAUUUGAGUCAAAAGGUUUGCACGUACAGUACACUGUAGGAUGUCCUAAUUUGGUCAUAGCCAGUAAUGUAGGAUCAUCAAAACGUGUAGUCUUCUGUUUUGAAAUACUAAACAUCUUCAUCUUUUAAAUUGAAGAAGAUACAAUUUCCUUUUAUCUGAGACUAAGCAACAUACAAUCAUCUACAAACAUACAGCUAAAGGUGCAAUCUUUAGGAUAUAGUGACACCUAGUGGUUGUUUUGCAGAUUGCAACCAAAUGAAUACCCUCCCCUCCACUUCCAAGCCUGCAAGAGAACUCACGUGACGACGAAAAUAGCUAAAUACAGAAGUUCCUCUCUAGAGUCAGUGUUUGAUUUGUCCAUUUUGGGCUACUGUAGAAACCUAGAGGUACAUACACAAAUUAGAACAUACUUUUAAAUAUUAUAUUCCAUUUCUGCCAAGUCCAAAUUCUACACAUUGCACCUUUUAAACUUUUUUUUGUAAGCCUUAUAAGUUGCAGUUUGCAAGAUUCUUUAUUUAAUGCUAUUUUAUAUAGUGCCCUUUUUCUUACUGUUGAUACCGUUUUUUGAUAUGUUAUUUAUUUUCUUAUAAUUGAGCUUAAUGUAUGAACACAGGUUUAUAACCAGUGAGGACUAUUUAAGAUUAUAAUCUAUAGGAGGACUUCUUAGCUGACAAAGGAAUUACUGCUAUUGCACAAUAAAUUGUCCUCAUACUGGAGUAUGUCUUCAGAAUUUGGUAUUUAAAUAUUAUGUUGUUAUAGCUGAGAAUAUGUGAAUGCUGUCAAUGGACUUUUUUUUUUUUUUUCAUUUGAUUAAAAUCCAUUCACACCUCUAGUUUUAGGUUGUUUUUUGUGUAAUUGAUUGUUAUCAUAGAAUAGGAAUGCCUGUGCUGUUUCCUUAUAGGUCUAACUUAAUCAGAUAUACUAAAGCCUCCAACUAAAAGACCUUCACUUCUAGUUGAACAUGGUCACACAAAAAAUGUGAUUGAUAUUUACAUUUCAUCUAAACCUUACAAAGGCUUUCUAUAAAGAAAGUGGCUGACUUACAUUUUAGUGCCUUGUACUGUAUUGGUUAGUGAGGUUUAUAUAUUGAUGAGUGGGAUAAAAAAAGUGUAUAAAACAUAAUUGUAUUUAAAGUUAUGCCUUUCAUACAUAUUAUAUCCUAUUCAGGAAGCAGAAUGGCUAUGUCAGAAAUAUGACUUAUCUCUUGACUUACUAACUCAACAUAGAAAUAAAUUCACAGUUUAAGUUCUGUUA